AUGGAAGCGGCCAAAGCAGCAGAAGCUGCGCUGUCCGGUAAGGAAGCCCUAGUGGAACAGCUUCAAGAAGAAAUUAAAGAAGCUGAAAUGGUGGUGAACGAGGAGGGUUCCAGUAUGCAACAGCUACAACAAACCGUGCAAUCUGCUAACAAAGCAGCUCAACAGGCUCAAGCGGAACUUAAACUACUCCAAACUUCUUUUCAGCUAGCUCAAGGUAACGCUGCUAAUGCUCAGCAGGCUUUAGAUGGUAUUACUGCCCAGCUUAAUGAGAAAGAGCAACUUUUAGACGCUGCUAGGGCGAAGUUAGAUCAACUCAGUAAGCAACAACAAAGUUCAAAAAUGGAUUUGGCUAAAACCAAAGAGGCGGCGAGAAAAGCUGAAACUUCUGCAGCUGAAGCGAAGCAAAAUGCUGCAAGACUAGAAGGGAAGCCGGUGCAGCUGAGGAUAAGGAACGAGAUGAAAGAAUUAGAAGAGAGGCACAGAAAAGUGAUAGUAAAGAUUGAUGUUCUCUUUUUUUUUAAUUUUGUUUUAUAUACUUAUAAAUAUAUUAAACGAUAA